ACACUUCGAUUGUAACUGCGCGCGAAUUCGGUUACGUUCUGUAACCAAGCUUGUAUCCUGGCACGAUCUCGGUAUCCUCUCGAUGCCACGAGAUCGCCAGCAAAUAUAACUCGACUUGUUCCAUCAACUGCCUUCUGAUAUUUGGCUUCUCGGGGAUUUUAUGAAUUUAUUUGGUUGCGUUCAACCUUCGCCUUCUGAUUAACUUGGCACGUGUUUCUCUGUAGCGGUGUUCAUAGUUAAUCUCAACUCGACGCCACGCUACACAUCCAGUAAAACUAAACUGUUCCGCAUCUGCUUUAAACACUUACAAAGCGAUCUAUUUUGGGGAAUUAUUUGCCACCAUAAGUUUGGUGAUGCAACGCCUAACUGCUUGUAAUCUGCACCAGACUUAGAUAAAUCAUAUUUUUCGUGUCAUAAAAAUGAUAUGACUAGCAGCGACAUAAUCGGCUGCAGUGCGUGUGAGGGAAAAUCGAUAUUUUAUUAGACAGUCAGUGACACAAUUGCGCCUUUGAUAGGGUCGCUUAAUCAUAUGAUACCGUUCGUCAUUACAGAAGGAUACUGAAUAAUUGAUCUCAAACAAUCGUCAUUCAAAUUAUACAAACCUAUUCAGAUCAUUACAGAUCGCGUGAAUGUGGGGUAUGGGGCAGAUUUAAGAGCUUACAAAAGAGUCAAUCAGAACGCAGGUAGAGGUUUGGCGCGCUUUUAAACUUAGUCGACAUGUCGGUUGUCAAAUAGCCGUAAUAUCGCGCUGAUGUUAUCUAUGAAAUUAUCACUUGCUUUCGUUAUAAAAUGUUACUUCAUAUACUUCUAGCACUACACCAUCACACAAGUUACCUUCAGGCUUGGUACAAACCUACCAAAGGUUAAACGUUACAACUGCCUGCAGAUUUUCUGGUGUAUGUAUUUGUUAUGUCUUCAGGCUGUUGCUCAGGCGAACAGGGUGAUGGGGAUGAAGAUUCCGACUCGUCCAUUCCUAGUGCAACUCAUAAUGAUGGCGAAGCACUCAGUUCCCUCUAUAGUAAUUGUAGAAGUGAAUCAAAUCGACAUAACCCACUAAUCAAAAUAUCCAGAGAAAAAGCGAAUUUGUGCAAUGCAUUCACAAAAUGCAUACGUCACGAUUCUGGGUACAAUGGUUUCUAUCUACAACCGAUGCACAAAUGUAGCUCCUCAACACAUAUAUCAGUUUUGCCAUUCGAACUGCUUUUGAGAAUAAUUCGAUGGACCAUUGGCAGCCAUCUAAAUAUACGUGUUCUAGGCGUUCUAUCUUGUGUAUGUCGUGGUUUCUAUCUGUUGGCUAAUGAUAAUUCAAUAUGGAGAGAUAUUUGUUUCAAAUUAUGGCCAGUAUGGCUAACAUAUGACAAUAAUAAUAUCGGUUGUAAUAAUCAACUUAAUUAUUUAUCCUUAAUGAAUUACACUUCAUGGCGUGAAAUGGCUAUUUAUCGACCACAAGUUUUAUAUCAUGGAUGUUAUCUUUGUCGUGUAACCUAUGUUAGAACAGGAGAACCGGAAAUAGGCUCUUCUUAUAAACCUGUAUUUAAAGUUGUCUAUUAUCGUGGUAUACGUUUUCAUGUUUCAUCAAAUCAAAUCAGCAUGUUCACUGCGCCAUUAGAUCCAUCUUCAAUUGUGGCAGUUUUAAGUAAAUCACAUCAGUCCUUGUCAUCAUCUGUGGAUGUCAGUUUAGUUGGAAAUAAUAACAAUAAUAAUUCCAAUUCCGAAGCAGUUAUGAAAACAGCUGUUUCUGGUACAUUAUUGAAGGGAACGUAUGAAUGGUAUGAUCAUGAUUCUAUUGUGUGCACUUUACAUCAAUUUUCCGAUAAACAAAAUCGACCCCCAAUAAGGAGACGCCAACACUUGGGUCCUGUUGUUCCACAGUUAACAGUUACGUUCACAAUAUAAACUUGGUCAACAAAUUUCAGAGUAUAUCAGUACGCAGCCUCUCGUUUUACACAAUGGGAAAUCUUCCAUGUAAACAUUUGUCUUGGCAAAAACAUCCCUUACGUCUAAUGCAUAUAGAUCCGUCAAUGGUAUUUUUCAUGUGUUACUAUCCAGUGUAUCACUGUUACCAAAAUUUUUAGGCAUUACUCUCAAGUUCUCAUUACUUUUUUCAAUCAACCGAUAUUUUUUGAUAGUACGGCCAACUUGGAAUAACUGUAUAUAAGAGUGGGUGCUAGUUUACUUCCCAUUAACCACAGGAUCUGUUCUUAUAUAAAAUUAUCCUCAUGCAAUGUUCAAAUGAAAUCUUUCGUUGAUAUAUUCAAUCAUAUACUGUAGCACUAAACUGAAAUUUAAAAUCGGUAACAAAAAAGGUUGUCUACACAAUCAGCUCCUGUGGGAUUCGUAUGUUAUCCAUACCUUUGAUAAAUCCAGUGAAAGUGAAAGUACCACCGUGUUAGAACUAACCAACCAAAAUUUCCCACCCUGUCGUUUUGUUCGAGUGCGAAACUUCAUCCCAGAGGUGACAGCCUCACCACUUUGAUCUGUUUUCACUACUAACCCUGGUUAAUCUUAUCUUUACAAAAAUAUUUCUCAACAUACAAAUACUUCUAUAAGUACAUACAGUUUUUUAGUGUUAACUUGUAUCAGUUACUCUGCUUAAUGUAUUGGUUUAUUUUACUUACGGUUUCAUUUUUGACUACUUCACUCUGAUUUACUUUGUCGCUGUUCUUACUUCAACUUAAGUUCUAUACAUAAGUAUAUUUACAUCAUACAUGUGUACAUAAACGCAUGUUGUUCAUCAUGAUUUAUGUAAUAUUCGACUUCUCUAACUAGUUUCAUCAUAGAUUUUAAUCCACUCGCGUUUAUUGUAAUGAAGGUUUAUCUAAAUAGAUCUUACAUAUCUACUACAAAAUAAUGUCUGGCAUUCACAGUUCUUCGUUUAGUUGAAUAUUAUGCAUUACAAACUGCAUAAAACGAUAAUUGUAUUCUUUAUUCUAAUGAAAUCACGACAAAUGAAUAUCAAAAGUUUAAAAUCUGAAGUAAGGCGUAUUCCUCACUGCGGAUCCGAUUAGUAGGUUAUUAAAUGGAGAGAAAAUCUAGUUUCCCAGUCAUUCUUUCAGCCUGAUAAUAACAUUUCGAAAUGGUUGAUCUUGAUUCCCACACGACCGAAGAAAUUUCUCCAUAAGAAUACUCUCAUAUGAUUGUGUAGUGCAUCAAUAUUUAUUACAAUCCCGCUAUUCAAAAGUUGACUCUUUCAUUUUGUGGACGGAU